UUAUAAGCAAGUCUCAGUCUCUCAGUGAUGCCUGAUGAUGAUCGUAGCUACAGCUCAAGGUUCCAUUGCGAGUGACUUCAAAUUCUGAUCCAUAUUCAGAUCCUUUCACAAUUCUCAUCACGUUCAUUGGUUUCAGAUUCUGGAAAAGUUUUUAGAAUGGCGGCAAUUUACAGUCUUUACAUCAUCAAUAAGUCUGGUGGAUUGAUCUACCACAAGGAUUAUGGGUCUGCUGGACGAAUGGAUACCAAUGACAGCUUGCGGGUGGCAAGUUUAUGGCACUCAAUGCAUGCUAUCUCUCAGCAGUUAUCACCUGUCUCUGGUUGUUCAGGAAUUGAACUUCUCCAAGCUGACACAUUUGAUCUUCAUUGCUUUCAAUCACUGACGGGGACAAAGAUUUUUGUGGUCUGUGAGCCUGGGACACAAAACAUGGAAAGUUUAUUGAAAUUUAUAUAUGAAUUGUACACGGACUAUGUUUUGAAGAAUCCUUUCUAUGAGAUGGAGAUGCCUAUACGUUGUGAGCUCUUUGAUAUCAACCUAACACAAGCACUGCAAAAGGAUCUUGUUGCAUUUUUGGGCCGAUAAAUUUAUCUGACCAAUUUUUUUUUUUUCAUUUCUAAAUUCUGAUAUGUACAUAAUCUAAAAAUUGUCAUUCAAUUAAUUCUAAGGUACUAUGCCUGGCCUCUGUAUUUGUUUUGUACACACAAAUUAACAUUUUCAGUAGUGCGGAUGUAACUUAUUUUCACAUGGAUCAGAUGGUAGAAUUACUUAUUGAACGAACUAAGGUUCUUGCAUGAUUGGAUAUGGUGCACUUUGUGUACUGUUCUCAACUAUCCAAAUUUUGUAUAAUACUACA